AUACGUAUCGCCGCGUUACUCUCCGCCGUGCGCACUCGCUCCGAACAGUCGUUUCGGCAGGCGGAAUCGUCGCAAGUGUCUCUUUUUUUUGUUGUUGUUCCAUCAUAAAGUAAAUUUACUCGUUGUCGAGUGAGAACAGUGCUAAAACGUUUUACGUCGUACGGACUUGGCGGACAGGAGAGAAAUCGAUAACAAGUCUAACUACGUCAUCUGUGAUAUUUUGAUUGAUUUCAACUUUAGCAGUAUGUUCUUCAUCAAAGAACCAAUGUUUUCGUGACAUUCAUUUCAAAGUAAUAAUGCAAUAUCAUUCGUCUGUUUCACAACCUGUGAUAAACCAAUCAUCAAUUACACUUGCGUGACGUUUAAGAUAAUUUCUGUUGGCUAUCAAAAGCCGUUCAGAUUAUCAUUAAUUGGUAUAAAACAAUUUCUUAAUACAAUGGAGCGAGAAUCCAAUUCCAUGCAGGCUUUGUGUCGUGGUGGAUGUGGCUUCUAUGGUAACCCAUCUACAGAUGGUCUUUGCUCUCUGUGCUAUAAAGAAGCACUGAAAAAGAAACAGACACCACCACAAACAGCUCCAUCGCCACCUUCAGUCUCCGCUCAGAGUAUGAUGGAGACUGCUAUACCUACCAUACCAGUGCUGCAGAUUCCACCUGUAUCCGCCUCUCCAAUUUUGCCCACUGACUCAAAAAAAGAUAUGGACAAUGGUUUGGCAUGCAGUUCUAAUGACAGCAGUCUCAUGGACGAUGGUAAAAAAGAUGACGAUGACGAUAAAGACAAGUCUAAAAAGAAAAACCGAUGUGCCAUGUGCCGCAAAAAAGUCGGUCUUACAGGUUUUGAAUGCCGUUGUGGCGGCUUGUUUUGUGGCAUCCACAGAUAUUCCGACAAGCACAAUUGUUCAUUUGACUACAGGGGGCUAGGAGCACAAGAAAUCAGGCGCAAUAAUCCAGUAGUUGUUGGAGAAAAAAUUCAGAAGAUUUAAUAUAUGAAUAAAAAUUGAAUUUAACACUUAAUUAAGCGCAUGAAAAUAAUGAAUGUACCAAUAUAAUAAAAUAUAUGCAUCUAUAUAUAAAUAUAUUUAAAAUAUAAAUAAACUUCCACUGUAGUUUUAUAACAACAUAAAGUGUACAUUCUUAAUUUAAUUAAAGGUAUAGUAAUUUUA